ACGCGUUAUUCCCUCCUUAUUCCUCCUAUUCUCCCUCCUCCCUUCUGCGCCUUCCCUUCCCAUGGACGAGACGGAGCUCGAUGCCUACUCCUCCCCUGAUCCUUUCUUCGACGCGCUCGGUUCCUUCCCUCCCGAAGAAACCCUCGACCCAACCCCCGCACCCGAGUCCACCGCCAACGGCCCGGGCGACGCGAUCCACUACCCCUCCCCAGCCGCCCUCCGCCGCCGCAGGCCACCCUCCAGGCGGAUCCCGGCCGCCGUCUUCAAGGAAUCCUCGAGCUCCGAUUCCCCGUCAGGCAUCACCAGCCUCAGAGAAAGCCGGACCAAGAUCCUCCUCGCGUUGAAAGACCAGGAGGCUCUGGAGACGCCGGAUAAUUCGAGCUCUACCCUUACUUCGGAUCAAAUAAGCACGGGAAGAGACCGGAGCCCGGAAAUUUCUCUCCGAUCGUCGGCGACGAGCAGUGCUCCUGUUAGAGAAUCGCCUCCGGUCUCCGUUGCUGGAUUUGUGGUCAAAGCUGUGUUUUUUCAACUCAGUUUGCUGAUUAGUUCCAUCACAUUUCCCAUUUGGUUGCUGCAUUGCUUUUUCUUUCUCCUCAUCAAUCCUUUCGGCACCCUGAGACGAGCGAGAAAUGGGAUAAAAGGGAGGGCUUUGAGGGUAUGGAAGAGUUUAGUGGAGAAAGUUAUCCCCUUUGUGUCCGAGAGUCUUGAAAGCCAGCAGGGGGUGGGGAAGUUGGCGGCGAGAUUUGCUUGGGGGUGCUUCUGGUCUUUCUAUAUCUGUUUCGGGCUGUUUGGGCUCUUGAUGGGAGCAUUUUUAGGUGGGAGAUUGUUUAUGGGCAGAGCUGUUGAGAUGCCGUUCCAGAUGACGGAGGGUUUGAAUUUUGAUUACACGAAGCCGACUCCGGAUGCUCUCGUGCCGGUAGGGUCUUGCGAUGGUGGUUCGGUUUCUGGUGGAAAGGCUGGAGCUUGGGAACAUGGGGGUUGGCGGUCGGUGCCGCCAAAUCACAAAAUGCAGUUGACAAUUUCAUUGACUUUGCCGGAAUCAGAUUAUAAUCGAAAACUUGGCAUGUUCCAGGUCCGGACAGAGUUUUUGUCAGCAGAUGGUAAUGUCAUGGCUAGUUCAAGCCAGCCAUGCAUGCUACGAUUCAAGAGCUCGCACAUUCGCUUGACAGAGACUUUUCUCAAAAGUGGUACUCUACUAGCAGGCUAUUCUUCUGAAUCACAGUUUCUCAGAUUAAAAAUGACAGGCUUCACAGAAGGAACUGAACCUACUGUAUGCAUAAGAGUCGUUCUUGAACAAAGGGCAGAGUUCAGGCCUGGUGCUGGUAUCCCUGAGAUUUAUGCUGCAUCGUUAAGACUUGAGUCAGAGCUUCCUCUUUUUAAGAAGUUGAUAUGGAACUGCAGGAGGACGCUGUAUAUCUGGAUCAGUAUGGGGUUAUUCAUCAUGGAGUUACUGGUUUUUCUUGUCUGCUGUAGACCUAUUAUAGUUCCAAGGUCAAGGCCUGUUGGUGGUUCUCAAAGCAGGAUGUAGGAUGCGAACUUUUAAAACAUGGUUGCAAAAGAGGAGAACAGGUCUUCUGCAAGCACCAUUUCCCCAUUUUGCCGCUGUCUGAAAUAAGAUACCAUCUUCAGGUGCCUUGGGGUAGUAAUCAUGAUUUGAACACUCACAUCAGUUAUGUCAUGCAUACUUCUGUAGUCUACUGAGGGCAAAAACUAUCGAUGCUGCUCAGUUUCAAAGAUGUCAUAUUCAGCUAUAAAACUUGGAAAUUGAGAUAGUUUCAAUUUGGAAGUUGGUAGCUCUUUUAAAAAUUAAGAAUGGGGGAACUAACUGUCAUAUCACAACUACUGUUACACUAUUUGCGAGGGAUAAACAUGUAAUGAGUGCCUAUACGAGAGAUGAGUAGCCUAUUGGCAGAGCAGAUGUGGACAUGUAGCUUUUGGAGCACGAAAGCUGGAGUUCCUAAGAGGUUAGGUUUUGGGGUAUAGAAGAAUUAGUAUGAGAAAAAAAAUGUCAAGUGAUAUAGACUGAAUGGUUCUUAACCUUUAUCAUUAUUUUUUAUUAGCAUGAAGCGAGAACUGCAAGGUCUGAGGCUGGGUUAAGAGUUGGUCCAACAUGUUGGGCAGAAAAAUUAUCAGAGUUGACUAUUUUAACUUCUACCAGUAAACAAAUUUAUUGAUGCGGAAUAGAGGUGAUAGUGCUAGGUACAUGUGUUGCCUGUAGUUGGUUCAAGAGGAAGAAGCAUGCGAUUGAUGGUCGUGAUCUUAUCAAUCAUGAUUGUUCGGCGUAGAUUUGAUAAUUUUGCUCUCAUUUUUUAGUUUCUGUAAUUCUUUCUCUUUCUUUUAGAGAUGAUAUUACGGAUGCCUUGGCUAAUAAGGAGUGUUUUUGUGGAAGAAAAGUGAGGUGCAUGGCUUGACGAGCAAACUUCAUGGCUGGGUGCUUUAUAUGUGGUAUAAAUGAUUCUGUGAUGUAAAUUACUUCCAGCAGUCUGCAUCUGUAAGUAGCGGCAUGAGAAUAGUUUGUGUUAAUUACAUUCUUUUGCUGUGUAAUAUCCUCUUGGUGUGAAAAUAUUUAUUCUUUUACUGUAGACAUGCUCCUACCAUGUCUCAUUCAAC